GUUGUCGGACGCUGGACGUAAAACCAACAACUCUGGAAACGGUGUCAGUGACAGUUGGUCUUUUCUUUGCACAGCGCAAACGCUGCUGGGAAUACCUCCAAGAAGAAGAACCGGGAGGGGAAAAAAGUGGGAGUCGAGGCCCAGCUGCUCCAGCAAUUCCAGCUAUUGCACUCCGGGGGCUUCACAUUUCUCCUUUGCCAUGGAAUAUAUUUUUUAAAAGUCUCCCUCUAUCAGGCUGUUGCCUCAACACGUUGCACAGCUUUCCCCACUCUUUUUAAAAGGACUAUCACACCUUUGUCAGAGUUGGUAAGUCAUGAGCACUGAAGCAAUGAAGCCGUUUAGCUCAUGACGGGGAACCAUGAAGCAGCCAGGGAAGUGACCUCUGUGGACACCGCAGCCUGAGGGUGCCCCUCACUGGCACCAUGGCAUCCAACGAGAGACUGUAUGAAGUCUGGAUGCUCUACUGCACCAAGAGGGAUCCAGACUACUUGAAGCUAUGGCUGGAGAUUUUCAUCAGCUCCUACGAGCGAUGUCUCGAUGUAGACUUUGAAAAGACACCUUCAAGACCAGAAGAGGUUCCCCCGGUGUUGACGCUCCUCCCAGACAACAUCCUGCAGGUUUUGCGCCACCAGUUACUGCAGUGUGUCCAAAAAGCCUCUGACGGCCUGGAGCCCGAGCAGCAAAACCUAGCACUGCUGCUGCUCAAAUUCCUCAUCAUCAUCUGCAGGAACCUAUCCAAUGUGGAGGAGAUUGGUACUUGCUCCUACAUCAAUCACAUCAUCACCAUGACAACACUUUAUAUUCAGCAGCUGAAGAGUAAGACCAAAGAGAAGGAGAUGGCGGACCAGAGUCAGGCGGAGGAGUUUGUCCGUCAUGCACUGGCAUUCUGCGAGAGCCUCUACGAUCCAUACCACAACUGGAGGCAUCGAACGUGCGGGGAGCAGCAGAUGGGUACGGUAGAGAGGAGCAGGCAGAAGUACAAAGCAGCUCCCCUCACUGUUGAAUUUGUUCCUUUCUUUUACCAGUGCUUCCAGGAGAGCGAGCAUCUAAAGGAGAGUCUGAAAUGUUGCCUGCUACACCUGUUUGGAGCAGUAGUUGCUGGAGAUCAGAGGAACGCACUCCUUGCAAUUUCUCCAGCCACUAUGGAGGUGUUGAUGCGGGUCCUGGCUGACUGCUCCAUGGGUAGCUGCUCCUCAGAUGAAGGCGAGGACUGGGAUAGUGAGGCCCCGGACCGUAAAGCACUGCUGACGUUGGGCUGCCUGCGGGAGGUGGUCCAGCGGCUCCUGGCCUCCAGCUCAGACCAGCGGCAGGUGGAAAUCGCCUCAGUGCUGGAAAACUACUUUAAGCUGCUCAACUCGGACCCAGCAGCUGUCGUGGCUGCCCAGCAGCAGCAACAGCAAGCCAAGGGCCGAGUGCCAACACUGGGUCGACACUGGGAGAGCAGAUUUGUGGCCCUGCAAGUAAACAUGCUAGACACUAUCAGGGACAUGUUCCUGUGUUCAGACAGGCCAGUACUACAAGCCAUCUUCCUCAACAGUAACUGUUUUGAGCAUCUCACACGACUGCUCCAGAACAGCAAGCUGGUUAAUGCUAGGUGCACGGCGGCAGACAAGGACCAGAAAGAUAUAACCAACAACAGGUUACUGACAGGCGAGAGGGACACUCAGGUGUUUCAAGGGCGGUUGGACUCCCUUGCCGUAGCAACCAUCAAAGCCCUAACAACAGUGAUGCACAAAUCGCCAGCUGCAAAGGAGGUUUUUAAGGAGAGGAUCGGGUACAAUCACUUGUACGAAGUACUUAUCUCCCUCGGGCAGCCAUCUCGACACCUUCUCAAAGAGCUGAUGAAUAUGGCAGUGGAGGGUGAGCACACCUCAGUGGGCCUCCUGGGCAUCAGUAAUGUGGAGCCAUUGUUGCUGCUGGUCCAGUGGCUCCCAGAGCUGGACUCCUCAGAACUGCAGCUCUUCACAGCCGAUUGGCUCCGCCGCCUUAGUUGCCUCAACCGCCAGACCCGUGCUACCUGUGUCAACGCCGCCAUGGUCAUGCGCGCACUAGCUGCCCUGGAGCGCCACGAGCGACUACACAGAGCUUGUGCUGAAAGCCUUUUGGGGCUAGUGGGCUCACUUGGGUGCCAGUCUUUGAGUGCCAAGGAACUGUUGGAGUUCUUGCGUCUCCUUCGGCUUCCAGAGUCCAGCCAAGCACAUCCAUACGUAGGUCCUGCCCUGAAAGCCCUCCUCACCAUGGUGCGCAAGCAAGGUUUGGAAAGUGCCAUGCAGUACUUUGACCUGUCGCCCAGCAUGGCUGGCAUCGUAGUUCCAACAGUGCACCGCUGGCCAGGGUCUGCCUUUAGCUUCCUCGCCUGGUUGUCACUGGACCAGGACCAGCUGGGCCCAUCCAGCAAAGACAAGAGAAAACAGCUGUACAGCUUUUUUACUCCAGGAGGAACGGGUUUUGAGGCCUUUAUUAGCUCAGCAGGUGUGCUGGUUGUGGCCGUAUGCACAAAGAAGGAGUAUGUCACAGUCAUGCUGCCUGAUUACUGCUUCUGUGACUCUCUCUGGCACAGCAUCGGUGUGGUGCAUGUGCCUGGAAAGAGGCCAUUUGGACAGAGUCUAGUCCACAUUUAUGUGGAUGGACAGCAGAAACUCUCUGCCCCCCUCAAGUACCCGACCAUGACAGAGCCGUUCACCUCCUGUUGCAUCGGCUCAGCAGGCCAGCGCACCACCACUCCUCCACCCUCCCAAAUCCCAGACCCUCCCUUCUCCUCGGCCACCACCCCUACCACUCGCUCGUCACUGGGCGGCAUCCUGUCCCCUCACACCUGGGGAGGCCUCCUGGGAGGGAAGCCUGAGUCUGUGACUAAGCUAAUCUCAGCGGGCACUCAGGAUAGCGAGUGGGGAAGCCCCACGUCCCUGCAGGGCCAGCUAGGAAGUGUCAUGGUGUUUCAUGAACCACUGCAGCAGAACCACAUAAAAGCCAUCUGUAGUGCUGGUCCAAACUGCAUCUCUCCAUUUAAAGCCCAAGAAUCAGAGCUUGGGGACCUUUCAGCCAAAUUGUUGCUGCAUUACUCACCCAAGGCCUGCAGAAACCCCAUCUGCCUGGACCUGUCUCCAAACAUGCUCCACGGACGCCUGACAGGGAACAAAGUCGUUAACUGGGAUAUCAAGGACAUGAUCAACUGUGUGGGUGGCCUGCCAAUUCUCUUCCCAAUCCUGGAGCAGUUGGCUUUCGUGACUCCUGAUCAGCAGAUGAAUGAUCCCACAGCUGGAUCUGAUUUCAUCACCCCAGAUGUGACCACACCAGCCGAUGGCGAUUGGGUCAUUCUCCCAUCUAACAGGUCUUCAGAGGCCCGUCUGGAGAAGAAUCUGGUAGCCACAUUCCUGUUGGUGCUGAAGCAUUUUCUGCAGAGACACCCAAUCAACCAGGAGAAUCUGCUGUACUUACAUGGCGUCGGGACAUUGGGAGCCCUGCUACAGAAGCUGCCAGCUGGGCAUGUUGGCGUCAGCGUGCUGGUUGCUGUGCAGCUCCUGAUAGAACAAGUGACAUAUGAGAAGAAUCAAGCUCUGCUGCAGCAGCUUCACACGCAUCUGCUGUUCAAUUUCAACAUCUGGAACAAAGGGGACUUCCCGCUACGCAUAGGUCAUAUCCAGUAUAUGUCCACUGUCAUCAAAGACAACAGGAAGCAGUUCCGGAAGAAAUAUGGAGUUCAGUUUCUGGUGGACACCAUACGCCUCUAUUAUGGGAAGAACACUAACAAAGAGAGUGACUUGAGCGAGGAUGACGUUCGGACCAUCCGCGCAUCUCUGUGCAGCCUCAUCAAGUACUAUAUUAGUAAGGGCAUGUCGCAGGAGGAGAUGCAGAGCAUUCUGGGAUACAUCGCUGCCAUUGGAGACGAAGAUCAGCUGUGUGCUCUGCUGGAGUUGUUGCUGAGCCUUCUGCAGAGCAGCCCAGCCAAAGACCAGCUCUUCCUGCUCCUCUUUGAGCCCACGGCGGCCGACUCCUGCUAUGCUCUCCUCCUCAAUAACAAACACUCAGAUCGACUCCGAGAACUUGUCUUUAAGUUGUUUGAGCGAAUGUUGCGCUGCGACCGGGUCUAUGAGAAAAAUAAGCAGCGACUGCGGCUGAGGGAGGCGGGUUACUCCGGUCUGUCGCUGCUCUUCUCUGAACUUCACAUCACUCCCACCCUGAUCCGCUGUCUCCUUAACCAAGUCCUCCAUACAGAUCAAGUGGUAAACUACAAGGACCUGAUGGCUUUGGUCCAGCUCACUCACCGGGCCGGACCCAGCGUGCGACUCAUCGUCUGCAAGAGGGUGUACCAGCUGCUUCAGUCCCAACAGGAUGCUGCUGCUCAGAUCUCAAAGCAGCAGUGUUGGCAGGACACCCUCAUGCGGCUGUACCUAAGGGGCGAAGGGUCCUUGACGCUGCGUAGCUCAGAUACUGUCAGCACCUGCAGCCUGGAGCUGAGCCGGACCAGCGGCGGUAGCAACCGUCUGGAGCUGCCGUUGGAGAGGAGGGCACGGGCAGGUAGCGCCGGGCGCUUGGACCGGGUGGAGGAUGACCGGAUCAGCAUAAGUGAUACCCGCUCUGUGGACAGCCUGGAGAACGGCGAUGUCAUCUCGCUGUUGGAUACGCCGUCUUCCUCUGCCUCCACUGAGCCGCAGCCCCACGUCAAGCCCUGGGUGGUGGGAAAAUCAGGGGGCUUGAUGCUGGAUUUGUCCCAUCUGCAGGCAUAUGAGGGUGGAGAGAGCGGCAGCCAGACACCUGGGAGCAUGCCCAGCACACCCUCACCACUGGAAACCUCGAAGCCUUUCCCAGGGAACUCCGGGGAUCGAGAGGCAACUUCCUCCCUCACUGAAGACAGCUUCCUGUUUAGUGACAACAUCUCGCUGGGGGAGUCUUUCAACAAUGUUGAGCGUGCAGAAGAGGAGCUGUGCAGCAUGUUGCUGGAGAUCAUCCUGUGUGUGAUGUGGCGAGGAGUCGAGGGCUCCGAUGAUUCAGCGUGGCUGGAGCGUGGUCAGGUCUUCUCUGCUCUCACCAAACUGGGAACUGCCAAUGAGCUGCUCCUUCAUGUUGACCAAAUCAAGCUCAGUCUGAUGGAGCGCAUGUUGGAGUGGGCGGUGAGCGACAACCGAGAGGCUUCAGCUGCUACGCUACCGCAGCACACCGAGAAUGCAGUUCGCCUGCUUCACAUGGUACAAGACUUCCUGCAGGCAGAGGGUCUCAUCAACCCAGCACUGUGGACAGAGAAGGUGCUGGAAGAGGCGGUGACGUUGAUGGACAGCCUCAUGGUGUGGUACUCCUCUGGCUCCCAGUGGUUCCAGCUCUCCCAGGUUGGACUGAGACUGCUCCUGGGCUUCAUGGCUCAGGAAGACCCAGAGGUGUGUGCCAUGGCCACCGCCAAGCUUAACGGCAUCCUGCAGACCAAGGAGAUUUCCAGCCAGGACGAGGCAUGCUACCUGCUAGGGAAGGUGGAGGGAAUUCUGCGGCGCUCCAUCCAAGAGCAGACCGAGGAGAUGUACUCUUUCCUGGUUCCACUGCUGCGAACGCUGCUCUCCAAAGUCCACCGCCUCCUCUACAUGGAGCUGCACCUGCCUCAGCUGCCCGACACCAACGGGAGCCCCUCCUUCUUCGAUGACUUCAAGCUUUACUGCAACUCACCCGAAUGGCGUGUCUACCUCGAUAAAUAUAUUAUUCCGUACAUGAAGCAGUAUGAAAUCGAGAUGUUCAGUCAGGGCCACGAGACCAUGGCUCUGUACUGGAAAGAGUGCUACGAGACCUUCAUGGUCAGCCUGCAUAAGAGAGAGCGGGAGAGAGGAGAGAGCAAGAUCCGCUUCCAGGAGCAAUUUGUGGAGCCUUUCUCACGCCGUGGCCGCCAGGAGAACCUCCGCUACAACAGCAUGUUGAAGCAGCAGCACAGCCAGAAUAACGCCACCCUGAGGCAGUGGAAGACAGCGCGGCGGGGUCUGGUGUGUGAGAGAGGGCCCUGGGCUGACAGGCACCAGGAUGAGAUGCACUGGAGGGUAUCGAGUGCUGAAAACUACUCCCGCAUGAGGCUGAAGCUGGUCCGUAACUACAACUUUGAUGCUCACAGAGAGGCCAGUGCUCUGAGAGACAAUCUGGGUGUCCAUCAGCAGCGUUUAAACCCAGAGUCUCUGCUGUUGGAGGCCGUGAAGCAAGUCAAAGUUAGCGACCUGGAAGAUGACAUCCUGGAGCUGCCAGAGGACGACCCUGUUACUGCCAACAACCAGGUUGAAGCAGAUGAGGCGGGCCAGAAGGAGAAGCUGGUGUUGUGGGAGGAUUGUGAGCUGGUGACGAUAGUGGACGUGGUUCCCGGCCGCCUGGAACUCACCACACAGCACAUCUACUUCUAUGAUAGCAGCCAGGAGAAGGAGGAAGGAGUGGGUCAUGACUUCAAAUGGCCUCUGUCGCAAAUCCGAGAGGUCCACCUUAGACGUUAUAACCUGCGGCGCUCAGCUCUGGAAAUCUUCCUAAUUGACCAAACCAACUAUUUCCUCAACUUUAAAAAAGAGGCCAGAAACAAAGUCUACAGCCGCAUGUUACUGCUGCGAUCCCUCAACCUAUAUGAAACCCGCUCUCCUCAGGAGCUCCUCAAAGCCUCCGGACUCACACAGAAAUGGGUGAACCGAGAGAUUUCCAACUUUGACUACUUGAUGCAGCUCAACACGAUUGCCGGCAGAACAUACAAUGACCUGGCUCAGUACCCAGUGUUUCCCUGGAUUCUAGCGGACUACACCUCAGAGGAGCUGGACCUUUCUGAUCCUCGGGUAUUCAGGGACCUGUCAAAACCAGUCGCUGUGCUUAAUGAACGCAACGCAAAGGCGGUUAGAGAAAAGUAUGAAAGUUUUGAAGACCCAACAGGAACCAUAGACAGGUUCCAUUAUGGCACCCACUACUCUAACGCUGCCGGCGUGAUGCACUACAUGAUCAGGGUGGAGCCCUUCACGUCGCUGCACAUCCAGCUACAGAGUGGACGGUUCGACUGUGCCGACCGUCAGUUCCACUCCAUCCCAGCCACAUGGCAGACCCUCAUGGACAACCCCAACGACGUGAAGGAGCUCAUCCCUGAGUUCUUCUACUUCCCAGAGUUCUUAGAAAACCAAAAUGGAUUUGAUCUGGGUCGCCUGCAGAUCUCCAAGGAAAGAGUAAAUGAUGUUGUUCUGCCCAAAUGGGCCAAGUCCCCUGAAGACUUCAUCUACAAGCACCGCAAAGCUCUGGAAUCAGAGUAUGUGUCAGCCCACCUCCAUGAGUGGAUUGAUCUGAUCUUUGGUUACAAACAGAAGGGCCCUGCAGCGGUGGAAGCCCUCAACGUCUUCUACUACUGCACAUAUGAGGGGGCGGUGGACUUGGACGCCAUCACUGAUGAAAAGGAGCGUAAGGCUCUGGAAGGCAUGAUCAGCAACUUUGGUCAGACACCCUGCCAGUUACUCAAGGAGCCCCAUCCAGUGCGCCUGUCUCAGGAGGAAGUGGAGAAAAGGAAAGCUCAGUUGGACUCGUGUCCUCUCAGCAUGUUCGAGCACCUCAGUGACCUCAAGUCCUUCUUUGUUGAGGGCAUCAGUGACAAUGUGCCGCUGGUUAAGGUUGUGGUCCCAAAGAAUCAGUCACAUUCCUUCAUCACCCAGGGGAGCCCAGACACCAUGGUAACGGUGAGUCAGAACUGCUUGGUGGGGACCCAUGGGUGGCUGCCUUAUAACAAGAACAUCUCCAACUACUUCACCUUCAUUAAGGACCCCACAGUUUCUAACACCAAAACCCAGCGCUUCCUUUCAGGACCCUUCGCCCCCGGCGUGGAGGUAACCGCUGGAUUGUUUGUGGUCUCCCAUGAUGGAAAGUUGCUCUUCAGUGGUGGGCACUGGGACAACAGCCUGCGGGUCACUUCACUGGUUAAGGGAAAGACUGUAGGACAGCACAUCCGGCACAUGGACAUCGUGACCUGCUUGUCAACAGACCACUGUGGCAUCCAUCUGAUCUCUGGCUCCAGAGACACAACCUGCAUGGUGUGGCAGGUUCUGCAGCAGGGUGGAGCUCCUGUUGGUCUCCAUCCCAAACCUAUUCAGGUGCUGUACGGACACACGGACGAGGUGGUGAGCGUCAGCAUCAGCACAGAGCUGGACAUGGCUGUAUCUGGAGCACGGGACGGGACGGUGAUCAUCCACACUGUGCGCCGGGGUCAGUACAUGCGCUGCUUGCGUCCACCGUGCGACAGCUCGCUGCCGCUCUCUAUCCUCCACCUGGCUGUGUCCUGGGAGGGUCACAUGCUGGUUCACACCUGUCUGGAGGGCAAAGCAACACUCAAGGAUAAAAACGCCCUCCACCUGUACUCUGUAAAUGGGAAGCACCUCUGCAGCGAGCCUCUGAUGGAGCAGGUGACAGACAUGUGUGUUUCUGGGGAGUAUGUAGUCAUCGGCAGCGAGCAGGGAUACCUGUCCAUCCGUGACCUCUACAGCCUGUCUCUGUGCGCAGAGCCCAUGGCCAUGAGGGUGCCAGUGUGCUGCGUCUCAGCCACCAAGGAGCAGAGCCACGUGCUGGUGGGACUGGAGGACGGCAAGCUGAUCAUCGUGGCCGUGGGCAAGCCGGCGGAGAUGCGUUCGGGCCAGAUCACACGGAAGCUGUGGGGUUCCAGCAAGAGACUGACUCAGAUCUCCUCGGGGGAGACGGUGUACAACACCCAGCAAGACCACAACUGACCCGUUCCCCGCCUGUCCCCCGAGCCCUUAAACCAUCCCCUUCAAGCACGUCGCACAUUGUCAUUUCAUAUCCGAGCAGAUUCUUUCUCCCAUCACCUCCCACGGUUUUAUCAGGGGGUAGGUUUUGGGGUGCAGGAGCACCACAAAGCCUGCAUGCCCACAUGUGCAUUUGAGUGCUCUUGCUUUGGAUUGUGAUCACAUGGCGCUGGCGCCGUGGUUCCAAUGCAGAAGUAGCGCCAGCCUCAGCAAAACCACACCACUGCCCACUUCUCGCACACGCCACAGCUGCCCUCGUCAUCAGAAUCUUUACUACAGUCAGCCUCAUUUAACGGUUAACUAACUGUUCUCUUGUAUGUAUGCAGGGAUGGAUGGAUGUGUGUUUGCACACAGUUUUGCUGUGUGCUAUUUGAAAAUAUUGUUUCAAGUGGCCUUUUUGCUCCCCCACCCCCUCAGUUAGCCUUAGGUGCAGACACUCGGCCUGUGAUCUGCAGGCCAGGACGAUUCAUGGUUGCCUCAAAGCUGCCACCACGCAGCCUUAUGCAGUAAGACGGCUCCACCACUCACAAGACCAAACUGUCUGCAUUUUUCUAUCGUUUUUAUAUACCCGUGUGUGUGUGUGUGUGUGUGUGAUCUUUUAGUGAUGUUUUAUUGAGAGUUUGGUUUAUGUGUGUGUAUGUCUGUGUGCGUGCGCAGCAGCUUGGCAUCUGUUCAUAUGCAUGGUAUUUUGGUUUUGAGAUUAGACAAGAAAUAGUGAUGCAGAAGUCACUCAGUUUUUUGUUUGUUUGUUUUUUCGUUUUUGUAUUUACAUUUGGGGUGUAGCUGACGUUUUUUGUUGAGAAACAUUAGAAAAGGUGUUCAAAGGUACUUUUUGUAGUCCCCCCCUCCCCUUUCCAAAGUGUAACUAACAGUUUCACCACUAGGUGGCAGUGUUUUUUACCAAAUAUUAUAAUUUUAACAUUGAUAUUAAAAUUGAUGCACCGUUUCCUCAAGAGGCAUUGCCUGGUUAAACGAUAAAAUAAUGACUCGCUUCAUCACCUCGUGGGAAAAUUGGUUGAGAUCUCGUGUAAACAAAUCCAUUCACAUUCUGUUGGAUGCUUCAGUUAAUUUUUGUUGAUUGCUUUAAGCACGGGAUUUUACAAAAAGUACUUUUAAUGUUUUGUCAUUAGCAUACAUUUAAGAUCUAGUUUUGUAAAUAAACAAAAACACUACAUUCUCAAUCACAACAAGCUUCGACAUGAAGACUUAUCACAGCAGUGCAACGAAAAACAUCUAUAUAACAUCACAUUUCUCUGUGCUUCAUUGAAUGUUUUUAAGUUACUUGAAUCUGUUUCUAUUCAUAAGUGAAAGUAGCAGUUUUUUUCACACAUUGUCUCAUGAGUGACAUAUUUAAAAACUAUUCUAACUGUUUAGAAAUGAAGGAGAAAGUAGAAAUCCUCAAGGGCUUUACGAGAUGUCAGUGUUAUCAGCAAUACAGCUCCUUCAUCGCAUGCCUGUCGGUGCUUCCUUUCCUCUAUUUCUGUCCAGCAUGCCUCGCUCAGUCAGAUCCUCUAUUUUCCAGUCUUCCUAUGGCUAAACUGGGACUGUAAAUGGACUCCCUCUCUUCCCCUUCUGAAUGCCUUUAGCUCUCAUCAUUGCCUCAAACCCCAUCCCCCUUUUAUUAUUUGUGCUUCUCGCUCGUUUUCCUGUUUAUUUUAAAAUGACUGAUUUCAGAGUUUUCCUUGUGUGGGGCCUCAAGAAUGUUUGGGUCAACUGGGACAAACGUGCAUGUGAAUGUGAUUACAUUACUCUGUAAUAUACCGCAGUAUGAAACUGCUGUGUGAUUCAUAAUUUUGCACCAUACCUGAGCGAGUGAGUGUGCGAGUGAGAGUUUAUUUUCUGUUGCCAAAUGUUUUUUAUUCCUGUCUGAUUCUGUGAACUUUUGCAGCCCUGUGGGUUUGGCACUGGGCACAGAGUCGCUCUAACGGUUAUCUCUCUUGUUUUUUUUUCUGAUUUUUGUAUUUUGUUUUAUUUAAAUGUCAGUUUGGUGGAUUGCAAAGACCAAUCUGUGUCCUCCUUUAAGAGAUUUCUGUGAAAGGUGCACAAAAUGUUCUAUUAAUGCAGUUUAUUUUUCUUUUGUUUAUUCACAUUUUUCAUUCAAAGACCACUGUUUGAGUUAUUCCACGACUGCAACAGAGUGCCUUUUAUCCCAGCGUGGUGUCCACAUAGAGCUAGAUUUCUCCUUCUCCUUCGUCCCAAACCUUGUUGUGAAUCAAGUGAAAGCAGCAUUCCACACAUUAGUCCGUCGCAGUUGCACCGGGAACCAAGAAUAUGGGACUUCCAAGAAAAAUCAAAGUACUAUUUUGUGUCUUAGCUACAUUCUCUGUAACUGUCACCAAAAUGGAUGUGUGUAUAUCUGUGAUUAUUUAUGAAUACAGUAUAUAAUGUACAGCAUGAUUUUUAUUUUGGCGUCGUUAAAAUGUACUUUUGCACUUUCCAGGUACUAAAUUGUAACAGAUUGUUUUAACUUUGCUCCCUAAUCUGUAAAAACUGCUUUGUAUACACAAGUGGAAAAUAAUCAUUAAAGUCUUGUCUAAAUUCAAA